CAAGUGUAUGCCUUGGACGACCAUUUCCGAUCAUUUCAUUUAUCGAUAAGCCUGCGGUGCUUAAACUUAUAUCUACUCCCUAUAUGUACAUUUCUGCAUAUUAUCUUUGCAGACGAUGGCAAAUUCAGGACCUCAGAUGCUGUUACAAAUGAGAUAUAAUGAAUACCAUAGAAUGGACAUAGAUGAAAUUCUACCUGGUCUGUAUAUGUCUGGGUGCAAUCCUGCAGAGAAUAAAGAUCUUUUAGAAAGUUUUAAAAUAACCCACAUCGUCAACAUGGCGUCAUACUUCGAAAACCAAUUUCCAAAAACUAUAAAAUACUAUCAAAUUAAAGAAGAGGACUUGGAAGAUACCAAUUUGUUGCAAUAUUUUGAAAAGACCUUUAAAUUCAUCGACGACGCAAGGAAAACCAGAGGCAGGGUAUUGGUACAUUGCAACGCUGGGAUUUCGCGCGCUGGGACCAUAGUCACAGGAUACGUCAUGAGAACAAAGAGAAUGACGAUGACGCAGGCAAUGGAGUUUGCGCAGUCUCAACGUAGAAUGAACCCCAUUGACCCAAAUGAGGGUUUUAUAAAGCAGCUGAAAAAGUAUGAAGAAAUGUUAAGAAAGGCAAAAGUUCUCACAUGACAAUGCGAUCAAAACAAAUAUUUUACUGGGAACUGUGGCAAACUGUUGAGUUGGCUAGAGGAUCGGAACAACAUGACACCUUCUGUUUGUUUUGAAUUACACGACUCUUAUUUUUUUACUUUCAUAUUGAUGAGGAAAUGAAAAACAUGAAUAUUACCCACUGGUACAUGUGCCAAUGCUUUUGUAUACUAUAUGCAAUAAAUUAUUUUAUGAAUAAAGUUGUCCAAAAUAAAGA